AUGAGCCAAGAAAAUGACGGAGCACAAGAAAAUUUAUUGAGAGAGCAUGAAGCCCGUCUAAAAUUAAUAAAUCAACAUCGUUCUGGAAGCGUUAACAGUUUAAAAAAACAAGCAACAGAAAUGUUACAGCAAAGUAGCUCCAAAUUUUGCAAAAUUGAAACUGGACAAAUCGUUUUAGUUAAAAUUCCUGAUGUCGACAGAGGACGCUUAGCUCCUCGUAAUAUUUUGGCAGUUUUAUCAGAAAAAGAUGGUUUGUCUCAACUUGGUACAUCGACUGGCGUUUUGGAAAAAUUAGACGCAAGAAAUCAGUGGCGGACUAAGCCUACAGUUGGAUUUAUAAUUGUUUUUAAUAACAUCAACUUAUCGAUAUACCAGUUAAUACAAAAUUCAGUUUGCAGGCAAAUUGCUGCAAAAGAAUCUAAUUCUUCUCAAGGUUUUGUUCGAUGCAACUGUCGUAAGCAAUGUGGUGACAAAAAAUGUAAAUGUGUAAUGAAUAAGAGAAAAUGUAAUAGUAAAUGUCAUUCAAGUACUUCCUGUCGAAAGAAAUAAAAUAAAUUGAAGUUAGGUUGUUUAUUUAUGACUUGAUUGGCAACGGCACACAGUAGGCGAAGGCGGAUGAUACAGCGAGACAAAACCUCCUAUUUUUUUAAAGCCCGUUUUCAAGACUUUAUUACUGAAUUAAAGUUAAAAAACUUUAUCCUGCUCGAUACAUCUCGAAAUAAUUUCGUAGUAGGCUUUGAUCAUACCGUAAACAAUUGAAAGUGUCAACAACAUUUUGUGCCCAAGCAAGCGUCUAUUUUGCAUGUACAGGCGAAACAAAGUUGACACUAAUUUUUGAGUGAAGUUAUUAUUAAAAUAAAACAUAUUGUGAUGGUUGAAUAUAAUAGAGGUAAGUUAGCUUCAGAUCAUUAUAGAUUUCCAUUAUUAUAGUGGUUGCUUAGUUUACACUCUUGCCUUUUUGGACUGAUAUAUAAUUACUUAUUUUUUUCAUAAUUUUGCCAAUUGAUGGAGGUGGAAAUACAAAGUAAUCCAAAGUACUAUUUAAUUCUCAUUUUAAAUAAAACUUUAUAAAUCGCUCUUCGACAUAAUGUCAAGAUCACUUGCCCGUUCUUGCCCGUUUAGCCAUUUUUUAACGAUAUUUCACUGUUGCUGCAGUGAAGCUAGUCAAAUCUUUUAAUGCAUUUGUAAAAGGAAUAAAUUCAUAACUUUCGAGCCAAAGCAGAUAUGAACAUGCGGUUUUCAGAUUUAUGAUUAGAAAAAUAUGUUCUACUUUUUAGUAUGUUUUUUUUGUUGGUAAACAUUAAUUGCGGAUCCAAAUGGCAGACUUUUUAUUUAUCAAUCGAUUUGUCUCAAAUUUGGGGUAUGAAAUAUUUUAUUAACAGAGGUUUACAACUGACAGCAUAAAAAUAAAAUAAAUAAAAACAUUUUUUUAAGUUAAAAGUUAAACGAGUUUAUUAAAGAAUUCCGCUAAAAAGUACAAAUUAUUUGCCUUAGCUUAUGUCUCUGUUGAACAAAACAAUUGUGCCACAAUUUUAUAUCGAAAAUAAAUAUUUAAACGAAGAUCGAACUUGAAAAUAUAUAAGAUGCCAUAUAUUUUUUUUCACCACUCAUAGUCAUAGGCGUCUAUCAUUAAAUACCAAUAUAUUUUAGGUUUCACAAGACAAGAACUCGUAAAUGUAUUACGAGAAAAUGAUAGACAUCUGCCUUUUUCGAAUGCGUCGAAAAAGUAUAUCAGAGACUAUAUUACUGAAAAACUAAAUAUUACAAAAAACGAUAGCUCUGAAAAGAAAUUAGAAAAUAUAAUGAAACGUUUUCUAAUAUCUUUAAAUAAAAAGUGGAAUGAGUGUCAUAGAACCUACACAAACCUAAAUUCUAAACACAGAUGAUGGCUUUUAGGAAGACUCAAAUUAUUUCCAACAACUAAUUGAAUUGAAUCUCAAAAUUAUUUCCAACAACUAAUCUCGGUAGCAAACCUCAAAAACCUUUUUCUGAAUGUUCAGAAAGGUCCAAAAUACGCAAAGUAAAGGAUCUGGUAUCGUCAAAAGAUACCGAAGAACUAGCUACAGCUACUAGAGUGAGCUUAAAUAUUUCCGGGAAAAGAAACGCAGCUCUUUUGGUAAAAAAGGCAACAGAUCCAGAAGCCCAAGCUACACUAAAAAAAUGACUCUGCUAAUGCUCAAAAUAUUACGGAUAUUUUCACGCCUACAGAAGCUCUUGCACUGUUAAUUGAUUUAAAUUUGAGCAAACAUCAGAAAUAAGCUGAAAGAAAAGGGCCACAAAAACCUUCUUCCGUCAUAUGAGAUAGUUCGAGUUGAGAAAGGCAAAUGUUAUCCCCCAGAAGAAUCUAUACAAAUUACAGAAUCUUCUGCAGAGAUUAAAUUGCAGCCACUUCUUGAUCGCACCACGCAAAGGAUACUGGAGAUACAAAAACUGUUCUGGAAUCCUGUGCAUCAUUUGAUAACCCUACACAUCUAGAAUUUGCCCAUAAAUGGGGAAUCGAUGGAAGUUCGGGGCAAGCAAGGUUUAAACAAAGAUUCUCUGAUGAAAUGGUAAGCGAUACAGAUUUGAUCCAGUAUCAAUGGUUCCCAUUCAAGUCAGAGAAAAACAGCCAACAGAUGACCAUCAAAAAACAACAAAAAUUAUAUGGAAAAAUCCAAAAUGCUCCUCUACAAAGUUUUGCCGACCUAUAAGCUUUCACUUCAAGAAGGAAACCAAAAAGUACAAAAGCAGAAGUGGAUAAAGUGCAAAAUCAAAUCCAGUCUCUAAACUCUACCGUUGUGCCAUUUCAUCAAACAGAAAUAAUAGUAAGUCAUGUUCUCUUGCUUACCAUGCUGGAUGGAAAGGCUGUUAGCAACCUAACAGAUACUUCUACACAAACCAGCAACAUUUGUAUGGUUACUCCCAAGAACAUGAAUAAUAUAGAAUAUGUUCAAAGCAUAGAAACAAAACAAUGCAAUUACAAAUAUGGUUUGUCGACAUUACAUGCUCAUAUUCGUUUUUUUUUGAAUGUUUAAUCCACAUGUUUCCUAUUGAAUAACCAUUCAAAAGUGGCAAA